GCCAGGCUUUUGAGCUGGCGCUUGUCCCGACGCAGGCUCCGGCUUUCUUCAGAGAGGGAGGCGGGGUUAGGCCUCCGGAGCGGCUUUCUGUCUUUCUCUCUCUCUCUCUCUCUCUCUCGUGUGUCCGGGGCCUGAGCGGGAAUUCAUCUGCGAAGCUUCUUUCGAUUCCAGGGCUGCCCCGUUUGGAAGAGGGCGCUGUAAUUAUGGCAAUGACCGGUCCAGCACCUUGUUCAUCUAUGAGUAACCAUACUAAGGAGCGAGUUACAAUGACAAAAGUGACAUUAGAAAACUUCUACAGUAAUCUGAUUGCCCAGCAUGAAGAAAGAGAAAUGAGACAAAAGAAGCUAGAAAAAGUGAUGGAAGAAGAAGGCUUAAAAGAUGAAGAGAAAAGACUAAGAAGAUCAGCACACGCCAGAAAGGAGACAGAGUUUCUGCGACUGAAAAGAACAAGGCUUGGACUAGAGGAUUUUGAGUCUUUAAAAGUAAUAGGCAGAGGAGCAUUUGGGGAGGUGCGGCUUGUUCAGAAGAAAGACACAGGGCAUGUAUAUGCAAUGAAAAUCCUACGAAAAGCUGACAUGCUAGAAAAAGAGCAGGUUGGCCAUAUUCGAGCAGAACGAGACAUUCUAGUGGAGGCAGAUAGUUUGUGGGUUGUAAAAAUGUUUUAUAGCUUUCAAGAUAAGCUAAACCUUUAUCUUAUCAUGGAGUUUCUACCUGGAGGUGAUAUGAUGACGUUAUUAAUGAAAAAAGAUACCCUUACAGAAGAGGAGACUCAAUUUUACAUAGCAGAGACUGUGUUAGCUAUAGAUUCAAUUCAUCAGCUGGGUUUUAUUCAUCGUGAUAUCAAGCCGGAUAAUCUUCUCUUGGACAGUAAAGGCCAUGUGAAGCUGUCAGACUUUGGUCUUUGCACAGGACUGAAAAAAGCACAUAGAACAGAAUUCUAUAGGAAUUUGAGCUAUAAUCUUCCUAGUGAUUUCACUUUUCAGAAUAUGAAUUCCAAAAGAAAAGCAGAAACUUGGAAAAGAAACAGAAGACAAUUGGCUUUCUCCACUGUGGGAACUCCAGAUUAUAUUGCUCCAGAAGUCUUCAUGCAGACAGGGUACAAUAAGCUUUGUGACUGGUGGUCCCUUGGAGUCAUAAUGUAUGAGAUGCUAAUUGGUUACCCUCCUUUCUGUUCAGAAACUCCUCAAGAAACAUACAAGAAAGUAAUGAAUUGGAAAGAGACUUUAAUAUUCCCCCCAGAAGUUCCUAUUUCUGAAAGAGCCAAAGAUCUCAUUUUAAGAUUUUGCUGUGAAUGGGAACAUCGAAUCGGUGCCCCAGGUGUUGAAGAAAUUAAAACAAAUCCCUUUUUUGAAGGAGUUGACUGGGAGCAUAUCAGAGAGAGACCUGCAGCAAUUUCCAUAGAAAUCAAAAGUAUUGAUGACACAUCAAACUUCGAUGAAUUUCCGGAAUCUGAUAUCCUUAAAUCUGCAGUGACCACAGGUAACCAUCCAGAAACAGACUACAAGAACAAAGACUGGGUCUUUAUCAAUUAUACCUACAAACGAUUUGAAGGCCUGACUGCUCGAGGGGCAAUACCAUCCUACAUGAAGUCUGGAAAAUAACAGCUCUUUGCUAGAUGGUUACUCUCGUCUCGAAACUUUUACCCCGAGGACUGUGAAAGUUUGAAGAAUGCAAAAUGACAUCUUAUGCUCUGUUUACAUUACAAGUGAUGGAACGGGGGAAAUUCCACAAAUCGCACUUACAGAUGCAUUUGCAGAUUUUAUUAAUUAGUCUUUGGUCUUUAGGUAAAUUUUUUUAAGACUGUUACUUCAUCAACAAAGAAAAGAGGUUUUUAAUUACGAGUAUGAUGUGUUCUGUCUUACAAGUGCUGUCUGAAAAUACAGCUCAGUUCUAAGGGCUAAGGCAUUACAGAAGAAGCAGAGCAGUAAUUACUAUGGUGAGAGAGCUGAUUCUCAGUAGUUUAUCCCAUAGGAUGGCAGAAUCUUUUUUGCCUUAAAUAUAGGGCUAUUCGUGUUUUUUUGAUAGCAUCUUUUCAGUCCAGUAAUGGCUUCAAAACCUGCGGCACUUUACUGCUGGUACUAAAAUAGUCAUCUGGAAGUAUUAUGCCUUUUAAUAAAUUUCUGGUAUGUAUAACAUUAUGUAGUCUAUAAGCAAUGUUAUGAGCAAUGGUGGCAAUUUCUAGUAAAACCUGUUUAAAGAACUUUUUUUUUCUAUUUGGUAAAAAAAAAGCAGAUCACUAGUAAUAACAUAAACACUUUGUAGGCAAUACUGUAAGGAAAUAGGAAACAAUAUGUCGUCCUUCCUUCCCUUCUUUCAGAUCUUUUACAUAUCAAAGCCAAUACAUAGUUAUAAAAAGAGAAUGAUUCUAAGAUUUUGAGCUGCUAUAGUUUUGUAAUACAAAUUACAUGAAUUCAUAUUGUUGAAUCAAAGUUUGUUUGGUUGUAAUAGUUGCAUACACUGGGCUCUUUGACACUAUUAUGAUAUCCAGUUUAUCCAGGCAAAUCCCAGCUCUACACAAUGUACCAUUUACUAUUCUUAUUUAGUAUCUCAUUAAGUUUGGAGGAUGAUUUAUUCUGAGUCACAGCACAAUGAUUAUAAAGAAAUGUACAUGUGCAUUUGGAAAUAGAAAAAGGAAAGAGGAUUGACCUGAAAAUUAUGUCCCAGAAUACUUUUAAGUACAUUAAAUUUUUUAUCAGAUAAUUGAAUAAAAUUAUGAAGUUUUAAUAUAUUCUGGCUCUUUUCUUAUAAUUAAUAGACAAAGAGCACCUAAAGUUUUCUGCUCAAAUAGAUCAGGAAGGAUAUGUCAGUUCCAGGAUUAUUCAAAAGCCCUUAUUCUUUUUGAAAGAUCUGAAGCAGCUUGCAGUAAUAUCAGCCAUUUACAUUAACCAUAAAUUGUCCCAUUCUGUUUCAUCUGUUCUUACCCACUGGACUUUUUAAAAACGGAACUUUUUUUAUUGUAGCUAUAUACAUGCCAUAGUGACAUACAUGUUCUCCAAGAGUGUGCCAUGUGCCUUUCUACCACAUAAAGCAGUAAUGUAAACUCUUUCUAAUCCUAACCCUUAUUUUCAAUGCCACAAGUUUUGCUAUCUAUCUCCAAGAGUCUUAGAAAGGCUGCUACUCCAAGUAGCUUUCUAGAUGUGAAUCUACACAGAAAUGUGAGGAAGAAGCAAAUGAAAUAUUUGCAUUUAACUUAAGCCUAAAGGGAAGCUAGGCUUGCUUCCGCUUUUAAGUAUCUAUGUGCCUAGUUUUACAAUUACCAUGUUUAGACGUGUCUCAUCUGUAAUGAGGCUAGGGUUUUGCUUACUUGCUAGAUAAUGAUGGAUUUGAAGUUAAAUUCUGGUGCUUGCUAAAUAUUGAAAACAUGUAGCAUAUAUAACUGGUGCUUAAUAAGCCUUAAAUAAAAAAGCUGUAGAAAACCCUCAGGGUAACCAAAUAGCUUAAGAGAGUUGACCAGCCAACAACUUUUCAAAGGGAAGAACAUUUGAGUUACAUUCUAUCUCCAUUACAGUAAUGUGUUUCUUUUGCAUUAUGUCAAUAUAGUACAUAGCUGUUGUGCACAGUGUGAUAGAUUAUGAAUGCAAGGAUAGUAUGCAUGUGGGUAAAUUGAAUUUACUGUACAAGGUGUAAUUCUGCUUGUCUUUUGUAAUUAGGAAAUAUCUAGAGGGAUUUUAUGUGUUUUUAUUUUAGUGAAGUUGAAUAAAGCAUAUUGCUAUAAGCAAAAGACUAACUUGAGUUCUGCAAUCUGGACAGUGGCCAAGAUCUCAGUAGACUAUCCUGUUAUUGUGUAGUGUGCUUGUUUGCCACUGUGACUAUGGCUAAAUUCAGGACACUCACAAACAAGGAUAGUAUAUUGAGAAGCUUAUGAAAAUUAAAUCUUAUUCAUUUUUUUAAAAAAAAACUCUGCCAUUUCCCCUUGCAUGGAAGUAUUAGCAUUUGGAUUCCAAUUGUGUGUUUGGGAACACUAAAGCAAGGGUUCUAACAAAACAGGUUAUAUAUUUGAAUGCAUAAUGUUGGCACCUAACUCACAGUUUAGAGAGUGGUCCAUAUGAACUUGCGUCCUUAUUCCUCCUCAUUUUAAGCCCAGCUAUGUUGGUAUUGUUCUCAAAGUGAAUUAAAAAUCCCAGCUAUUUAACAUUUGAAAGUAUUAAGUUCUAACUUAAAAGGAACCCUGUUAAAGCUUAAUUGCCAUUAUUGUCAAUGUUAUUUGUGAACUCAUAACCAUAAUUGGGCUGCACUGAAGCAUGUAAUUGCCAUAGGCUGCCACUUUCAUAUUGCUGGCUCUUGACAUCUUGCACAAGCUCAUUGUACUUUUUGAAAGUCACUUUUCUAGGAUGACACUUCCUUGUUCUAAAGCAAUUUUUCGAUCUAAUUGGCCAAGCAAUUAUAUCAUACUAGUAAAUGCAAGUUGCUGUAUUUUGCUGAGCUGAAUUAUUAAGUAAUCACUGAUGUAUCUUCCACAUACCCCCAAAACUGCGAAAGUUUAAGAUUUUGGCUUGCUGGGGUAUGGGACGAAAUAAAAAUCUUGGCUUAAGGUAAAUAUAAGCAACAUACUGCUGGUUGUGUAUGAUUCCUAGCAGGUUAUACUACACUUAGGUACUGACUAGCCGCUGUGCCUGGGUUCUGCCUUAUUUUGGUAGAUGACAAUUAUUUUGUAUCUGCAUAUGGCUGUUCCUAAAUGCAAUGUACAAUUUAGUACACUUUGUAUGUGAUUUGUUGGUUUUAUUUGGAGACCAAUUCUAUAUGGAACAACCUUUGCAUUCUGAAAUGUAUAAAAUUCAUUUUCAAUAAAUGUAGUUUUGCUA